AUCGGUCGUUGUUUCCGCGUCGCUUCGUGUUAACGUGAGUUUUAGGAGUGGUUUGCGGUGUAUGCUCAUGUGUGUAAGGAGGAAGAGCACGGUGUAAUCCUCAUCAUUCUAGCAAGGCACUCGAUUGACAUGCCUGUUGUGUGUGUAUUGGUAUAUCUGCAAAAGGGAAAAUGUUUAUUGAGCAAAUCUCAACUCAAAUGAUAUCAAAUUUUUAGGAAGAAUAUAGCGAAUUCGCUGAAUGCUGUAAAAUCUGUGCAAUAAUCCAGCGGUGCAGUGUAAGACCGUUAAUGUUAAUGUAUUGAGCUUCUGUCGAAAUAAUACAGAACACUGUGAAGAAUAAAUUGUGUAGUUUGCAUUAGUCCUCUGUUUUAAUAUAAAAGAUCUGUAUUGUGCAUUUAUCAGCCGAAAUAAUUACUGGAAAGCAGUGUUACUAGUGUUAAAAGCGUAAAACGUCCUUUCCUUAUAAAUUUCUUCUACAUCAGGUCACCUAGAUAUUGCUAGUAAGCAGAAUCUAACAUCAAGUGGCGAGAACCAGCUAAACAUUGAAACACAAGUGAGUUAUUAUAAUGUUAACUCCAUUCAUUGGUUGGGAAACAAUGCCAUUCUAGAAUGCCAGCGACCACUCAAAUAUAAGGCAAGAGAAAUAAAAAAAAUAUUUGAGACCUAUUCGAGACCAACCUAAAAAUGUGAAUUAGCACUGUAUGCACCCGAAUGUGCUAAUUAAGCGAAUAACAGUGUGAGCAAAUAAAGCUUCAAAAUAAUAAAAGCGAUCGAUUAAACGAUAAAUCUACCGGCAGUAUCCACAGGCAGCAGUGACAAACUGAGCAUAAACAUAAAGGAUUCGUUGCUGCCUUAUGCUUCACAUACAUGCUAGGAAAAACCACCAAGAAGAGAAAAUCAACCAUAAAUGAGCAACUGCCGUUAGUAAGCAAUUGGUUGCUGUGUAGCUUCCAACGUGCAAAACGCGCAAUUAAAGACACACACAUUACGCCCCCCGAAGGGGAUAAACCAUGACUGUGAAAAUCUUUCGCCGAGGAUCGGCUCGAUGCAUCGGGUUACUAUCAGCAUUCAUUACCAUUCUGCUCUGCCUGUACUACAUCUCAAUGGGACAACCCUCAACAACACCCGGUCCAGGAGGGACGCACAAAGAUAGCUUGCAUCAAAAGCGAUUAAGCAACAUUCGUGAUCCACACCGUGACGGCCGCAGCAAUCAUAAUGCAAAUCAAUCGUGGCACAGUUGGCUGCGGAGUAAUCUCAAUUCGAUCAGCAAAGAUAGGCGAGACGGUGCACCGAGGUCUCCAGGCUCGAGCGACUUUAAUGGAAUAGGAGAUAAUAAUGUAGAUAUCGGCGGAAACAGGAGCCCACCGCGAUUUAGCUCCAAGUGGGACGAGUGCUCAGUGUUAGAGGAAACUCCUACCGAUAUUACUACUGGUGACGAAUAUGCAAACUUCGAUUUUCAGCCGGAAUGGAUGAAAACCAAGGAAUACUGGGAUAAAGAUUUUGAAAGCCGCUAUGAAAAACAGCAAAAGGAUCCGCAGAGGCCUCCCCUAAGGAUCGUGGUUGUUCCACACUCUCACAAUGAUCCGGGAUGGCUGAAAACGUUUGUCAACUACUUUCAAUCGGACACACGCCAAAUUUUAAAUCUAGCCGUUACUAAAAUGCCGGAAUACAGUAACAUGUCAUUCAUUUGGAGCGAAAUCAGCUUUUUGCAGAUGUGGUGGGACCAAGCGCAUCCUACAAAGCAAAGGAUUCUGAAAAAGCUAGUCAAAUCUGGUCGGCUGGAAAUAACAACCGGCGGAUGGGUAAUGACGGACGAGGCAAAUGCUCAUUUAUUUGCCAUGGUUGAUCAGUUGAUUGAAGGACAUCAAUGGGUGAAAACGAAUUUGAACGUGUCACCAACCACAGGGUGGAGCAUUGAUCCAUUUGGACAUGGUAGUACGGUUCCAUAUUUGCUGGCGGCCAGCGGUUUUGAAGGGACGAUUAUUCAACGAAUACAUUACGCAUGGAAACAGUGGUUUGCGCGUCAUAACUACGGAGAUUUCCUCUGGACUCCCUAUUGGCGAAGUCCUGGUGCUGCGCUCGACCGAAAACACACUUUGCUAACUCACAACAUGCCCUUCGAUAUAUACUCCAUAAAACAUUCUUGUGGGCCACAUCCUUUCAUUUGUCUUAACUUCGACUUUCGGAAAAUCCCCGGUGAGUACACGGAGUAUUCAAUCAAGGCCCAAUUUAUUACUCCGGAGAAUAUCGAAUCAAAGGCUGACUUGCUGAUGGAGCAGUACUCGCGAACAGCUUCGCUUUUUCCACAUAAUGUCGCACUGAUUCCCGUUGGAGAUGACUUCCGUUACAACAAAGAAAAAGAAAUGGAACAACAAUAUGCUAAUUACAAAAAGCUUAUUGACUAUAUUAAUGAAAACAGAAACAAAUAUAAGGCAGACAUAAAAUUCGGAACUCCGAAAGACUAUUUUGCAGCUGUAAAGGAACGCUAUGAAACAUUCCCGAUUUUAAAAGGAGAUUUCUUCGUAUAUGCUGAUAUCUUCAAUGAAGGUAGACCAGCCUAUUGGUCUGGGUAUUUUACGACUCGCCCUUACUACAAGAUACUAAGUCGCGAGUUGGAGCAUAAUUUACGAAGCCUUGAAAUCUUGUUCACUCUAGCCUUCAACCGUGCCCGACAAGCGAGUAACUCAAACGCAUUCAAAAUCUACGAGAAAAAUUACGAAAAAAUGAUACUUGCUAGACGGAACUUAGGUUUAUUCCAACACCAUGAUGCCAUAACUGGCACAUCCAAGGCGAAUGUAAUGCGGGACUAUGCCCUCCGGUUGUUCGAAAGCAUUCAAGAUACGGUCAAGUUACAAGAAAAAGCAAUCGAACUACUAAUUCAAGAGAAGGGUUCUGAACUGAACUUUUUAAUAGGGGAACUAGAGCGCGACAACUUUGGAAAACUACCAAGGAAAACGCCGUUAAUCGUAACGGAAGCACGAAGCACAGAUUUUGUGAUAUACAAUUCACUGGCCCAGGAACGAUUAGAGGUUGUUCUAAUUCGAACGCUCUCACCUCGCGUGAAAAUAUUGGAUCCUAAUGGGAAACCAAUGGAUAUUCAAAUCAAUCCCGUAUGGAAUAUAACCGAAUCGUCUUAUGCAACCAGAAAGAUAUUUCCCUCCGAUAAGGAGUACGAAGUUAUGUUUGUGGCAAAGCUGGCACCGCUAUCGUUGACGACGUUCACCGCUCUAUAUGAGGAUGAUUUUAAAUCAAAGAUGGCAACACUUUACUGUAAUGAAUGCCAGGAGGAGAAAAAUGAAAUUUUCGAAGUUAGAAAUAAACAACCUGGAGAUAUUCAGCUGGAAAAUUAUAAAAUGAGACUACUGUUUGAUGAGCAAAGUGGUUUCUUGAAAUCUGUCACGAAGAAAAAUAUGGGCAAGCAAAUCCAGUGCGCAAUUAAAUUUGCAGCUUACAAGAGUGCCCAGUUCCAUUCCGGCGCAUACCUGUUCAAAACAGACCCGGAGCAACGAAACUCUGAGAAGGAGGUUCUUGAGCAGUAUAACGAUGUGACGAUUUUGAUAACGUCCGGACCACUAGCCAGUGAUGUUACGGUAAUCUAUGGCCCAUUUCUCGCGCACACCGUUAGGAUCUACAAUUCAAAUACUAUUUUGGACAAUGGAAUCUACAUUGAAAAUGACGUUGACUUUGAAAUGCCUCCCAAAAAUCGCGAAACUGAAUUGUUCAUGAGAUUCGUCACUGACAUUGAAAAUGGAGGAACCGAGAGUCCUGAGUUUUAUUCAGAUUUAAAUGGUUUUCAGUAUCAAAAGCGUACGAAAGUCCCAUCCAUCGGGAUCGAGGGAAACUAUUUUCCAAUAACUAGUGGAGCAUUUAUUCAAGAUGAGAAAAUGAGACUGACUUUACUGACGACGCACGCACAGGGUGCAGCUAGUUUAGAACCAGGACAGCUUGAAGUUAUGCUGGACAGACGAACGUUGUACGAUGACUACCGUGGAAUGGGUGAAGGUGUCGUUGAUAGCCGUCUUACAAGGCAUAGGUUUUGGAUGGCAUUGGAAACCAUUGAAAAGGUUCCGGUUACCGUAAGCGAAUCAAUGGACCGAAACGACGAUUUGAAACCCACCGAAUACCAACUGCCAAGUAUUUUUGCAAACAGCUUAUCUAAUGGACUAAAUUAUCCAGCAAACCUUUUCAUCGUCGAAAAGUACGAUGAAAGCAAUCAGGUAAUACUAAACCGGGCAGUGCAGCUGCUCAGCACUCCGUUUCCCUGUGAUUUACACAUUCUGAAUCUCCGAACACUGACUGAAGGCAAUCUUCCGCUAUUUCCUUCGAAUUCGGCCUUGUUGGUUCUACAUCGACAAGGCUACAACUGCCGGAUAGGCGGCGAUGAAGUAGUAAAUUAUUUUUGUAAUAAUAAUAACAGCAGUAGUGUUAGCAGUAGUAGUAACAUUAGUAGUUAUAAUGUAGAUGAGUAUAAUAGACAGCUUCAGCUCUUCACGGGAGAGUUGUUGGAACAAAUUACUAGUACUUCGUUGACCGGUUUACAUCUUGGAGAGCCAGUUAAUUCUAUAGCAGAUAUAUUCCUGGAAUCAAUGGAGCUACGAACAUACAACGUAACGUUCGCUAAGUAAACAUUGUAGCAGGGCGCGCAUAGGUACUCUCUUCCAAAUAGUUUGAUGCCUUUGAAUGAACGUGCAAAUUUGGCAUACGAAUGAAUAUAUGACUAGAAUUGAAUUCUAUUUUUUCUGAAGGUAAUCGCCAUCAAAAUUGUGCCUCCUUCACUGAAAUCUUGUGCAUUGUGUCCGUCUUCUACGGAAUCAGCGUGAUGUAAAGCUUUUCACACUGACAUUUUACCUUCACGGCUCAUGUCAAAGGCACCAACAAUAUAAUAGACAUGGUAAAAAGUAAUCAAAGAAUACUGCACGGUAAUACCGCUACCGUAUAGAAAAUUUGAUUUGAAACUAUACCUAUUAUUUACAAAAAUUAAUGGCGUUAGACCAAGAUACCAAAAAUAUGAGUUUUAGUAAUAGAUUAUGGUCAUAGAAAAAAUCAUACUGAACAUUUUAAAUUCAUUGCGAAAAUUUUAUUUAUUUAUUAAUUAGAUACCAAAUAUUAUGUCAAAUUUAGAAAUCAUAUAAUCACCAGCCCCUCAAACUAGCCCUUUGGGUUCAUUUCAAAACAUCGACACCAAUCAUUCCAAGUGAUCCGAAUAACGUAUCAAACCGUUAAUAAAUAAUCCUAUAACCAUACCCACGAAAUAGCAUCGAUGCUCAGUGAUUCUCUACCAAUGCAAUGAAUUAAAUACCAAUUAGAAAUCUCUUUUGAAUCAUUCACUAACUUAAUUGCCAUGCAAAUUAGCAACCACCCUCUCGCACGUUCUAAUUGUAAAUAUUUAAACCACGCAAUUGAAUAUUUUGUUUCACAAACUGUCGCCUGAUAUGUGAUUUUAGUUUUAAUUAGAGCUCUGUUACCCAUUUCCCAGACAGCACUUUAUAACAACUGCUUCCGUGAGCUGUUUUUCAAACUCUUUAUGCGCAGCAUAUCGAUACGAAUGUUUUAUCUUAUCGAUAGUAAACCGUCCAGCAGUUUAUCUCAUCCCAUCGUUCACGUAGACGAUUAUGUACACGAUGCAAGGGGGAACACUACAUCAAUAAUAAGUUGAUAUUUGACUACACAGCCUACAUCCCUCGUCUUUGAGGUAUUUUAAUGUUUAUUAAUCAUACAGAUUUGACAGUGACACAUCUGAACCGAAGAAAUAGUUGUUUUCAUAUCUCACGCAGCUAGAUCUGUUUUAUCUGUCCAUGCAUAAUAUAAUACAAAACAGAUUCUCUAAAAUAUUGAUAUUAGAAUGAAAGAUAUUAUAUAAUUACCAAUUUCGGUUUUGUUUUCGUUAGUCUUUUAAACUAUAAUGAACCGAAACGAUUAAACUGUAGCUAAAUAUUUAGAAAAUUAAACAAUUUAAGGAAAACGUAGAAGAACCUCAUAUUAGGUUGCCAGGAAGAUACAGUGUGGUGAAUGAAAUAAUUUUAAAAGUAAUUGAUAGUAAGAUAGGUUCUGGUACUAUUUAAGGCCCAUGGGUGGUGCUCUGUGUUCCUGAUUUUGUACAAAGAUUAAUAUUAUUUGUUGAUUUUAGCUACCUACCCUUGUACUUCUUCGUUUUAUUGAUAGAUCUGCUUAGUAAACCAAAUGUCUGAAAUGGAAGUUUAAGUAAAAU